AGUAGCGCGUUAAAUAGACUCAAAGAAAUUGUUUGAUGCAAGAGAAGAGCCUAAAAACACUGUAGUGAGGAAAGCUGCGUAACAGACAACCAUUAUAAAUUUAGAGUUUCUGGUGAAUUAUCGUUUGAAAUUGCGCUAAAUAGAAGUUAAUAUAACAUUGUUGGAAGUAAGCUAUUAAAAUGGGCUGUGCCGAAAGUAAGGAUGGAGAUGAGCCCCAAAUGAAUCGUCCUAAAUACCGAACAUGUACAGAUACGUUCUGGCUUGCUACAUUUAUACUAUUUUGGUUAUUUCUGAUUGUUAUAGCGAUAUUUUCCUUCGUUUAUGGCAAUCCACUACGUGUGAUUAACGGUUAUGACUCAUUCGGAAAUACUUGUGGCGUAAAGCGCAAUGAAAAAUUCACGAAUUUUCCACUUUCCGGCAUGAACACAAUAGAUAAACCGCAACUGUUUUAUUUUGAUUUUAAAAAUCCGCGUCAAUCUAUUAAAAUUUGUGUAAAAGAAUGCCCUUCAAGAAAUAUCUCUGACGUAAAGGAACUUUACAGAUACUACAUGGACACCAAUACAAAACUUUGCCGCUAUGACUUCAAUAUGGAUACAAUUCUUAAUACAAAUAUAAAAAAUAUUGACGAAUAUUUCAAUUUUUUGGGUCCUUGCCCAAAACUUCCAAUUUAUGAGGAAUCGCCGGUUUUACAUCGUUGUAUGCCGAAAGGUAACAACGCUAAGGAAUUAUACAAUUUGCUUAACUCAUGGGAUGUCGCUCAACAAUUUUUGGCAGAUAUAUAUUCCACUUGGCACAUUGUUGCUAUAAUAUGUGGUAUUUCCUUAUUAAUCUCAAUUGCAUUGGUUACACUAAUGCACUGGAUGUCGCGCAUUAUUUCAUGGCUUAUCUGUGUGCUGGUUAUUGUGGCCAGUUUGGCUUUGACGGCUGCGCUCUGGUAUGCAUAUUAUAGCAUACGAAAUAAGUCACACACAAACGCUCAAUUUUCAAUGUUGGAAGAAUUUAUAAGAAAUGAAGAAGCCGUUUACAUUCUCGCUAUAUUAGCCACCAUCGCUUUGAUAGUUCUCGUUGUUAUUAUUUACUUCCUUAAAAAUAAGCUAUCUGGUUUAUCGGCGCUCUUUGAAGAGGCUGGCAUAUGUAUGAUGAACUUACCGGGCUUACUAAUAGCUCCGUUAUUGGCGUUUGCGGCGUUAGCUUUGUUUUUGGUAUUCUGGGUAUUGGUGGUAGUUUGCAUUGCAACUGCAAGCGCACCUGGACAGAGUCCAAUCGCGCCAUUCGACAACACCGCAGCCCAUCAACAACCAUUUCCCACCGACAUUACUCCACCGAAGAACACCACAGAUGCCAGUUUUAAGACAAUUUUACGCGUAGAAUACACUGACGCAAAGGCAAUAAAAAGCAUGUUUUGGAUUUAUGUGAUUGGUCUUAUUUGGACGACUGAAUUCAUAUUUGCUUGUCAGCAAUUUUCACUUGCGGCGGCUGUUGCUUUUUGGUAUUUCCAAAAGCCCACUUCCACUCCAACUACAUACGCUAUCGGAAAGCUGCUUAAAUACCAUUUAGGCACCGUGGCCAAGGGUUCGUUUGUGAUAACGAUUUUCAAAAUACCACGACUUAUUCUAACAUAUCUUUAUGCCAAAUUUAAAAAGGCUGAAGACAAAGGCUCCGAAUGCGCCUCUUGCUGCCUCAAAUGCUGCAUUUGUGGUUUUUGGCUGCUCGAAAAAUUCAUACGCUUCUUGAAUCAUAACGCUUAUACAGUUGUUGCUAUCGAAUCUAUAAAUUUUUGCCCAGCAGCAGGCAUUGCAUGGAAUGCAAUGGCAACCAAUGCCCUACAAGUGGCAACUAUCAACAGUAUUGGUGACUUCAUACUCUUUCUGGGCAAAGUUCUUGUUGCAGCUCUUAGUGGCCUCAUUGGCAUAUUCGUGCUGAAGGAUCGUCCUGGACUAAAUUUCUAUAUGGCGCCAGUAAUCUUUAUAAUAAUUUUCUCAUUUUUCAUAGCACACAUAAUAUUGACACUUUUUGAGAUGGUAGUUGACACACUAUUUUUAUGUGUUUGUGAAGAUAAAACAAUCAAUGGGCGUGGCGGUCGUUGGGCACAAAGUAAUUUGGCCAAAUUAGUUGGCGAAGAACCGUUGCAACCUGGCGAAGAACCACCAAUUCAAGUAGUGGAAAUGAUGCCUAUCAAUAAGGAACCAUUCAGCAUGACCAGAAUGCCGAGCACAGAUGUUGUUGACGGUAUUACACAGUAGAUAAUUUGUAGUAUGAUUAUAAUCAACAUUCGUUGCGACGGAAAGUAGCCAUUCGACAGGACUAAAUCACGCACAGGCCUUUAUUGCAGUAAAGUAAAAUUGAGUCAAAACAUACCUCAACUUUGCAAAAUAAACUCAAUUAAGCGAUUCGGCAAAUAACAACGCAUAUUUAUAUUAUAAGAUAUUUAUUACCGUGCAUUCUCUUGAAAAAAAUAUUCACCAUAAAUGUAAUAUUUUUCAUUCACUAAGAUAAAUUACGAUGCAUA